CUUGUGUGGGAUGUAAGCGCGGAGGUGGGCGAGGGGUACCGAGGCGAGGACUCUCCUUGGGGUUUGGGGGCUUGGCCUGGGUGCGCUUUCUGGGCGGACUCUAGGGCCCCGGGGGCACAGUCGUAGAGGGGGCGGGGCGGCCAUUGGGGCUCCUCAUUGGGGUCCUUGAGGCGCACCCCAUCGGGUACCGGGCGUCCCGGAAUUGUGGGGGACAAAAAGGCUCUGCAGUCUCGGCUGAGGGGUCUCACCGACAAAAGAGGGGAAGCCGGCCGCCGCCCGCCGCCCGCCGCCAUGGGGCUGAAGGCCGCCCAGAAGACGCUGUUCCCGCUGCGCUCCAUCGACGACGUGGUGCGCCUGUUUGCUGCCGAGCUGGGCCGAGAGGAGCCGGACCUGGUGCUCCUUUCCUUGGUGCUGGGCUUCGUGGAGCAUUUUCUGGCUGUCAACCGCGUCAUCCCCACCAACGUUCCCGAGCUCACCUUCCAGCCCAGCCCCGCCCCCGACCCGCCUGGCGGCCUCACCUACUUUCCCGUGGCCGACCUGUCUAUCAUCGCCGCCCUCUAUGCCCGCUUCACCGCCCAGAUCCGAGGCGCCGUCGACCUGUCCCUCUAUCCUCGAGAAGGGGGUGUCUCCAGCCGUGAGCUGGUGAAGAAGGUCUCCGAUGUCAUAUGGAACAGCCUCAGCCGCUCCUACUUCAAGGAUCGAGCCCACAUCCAGUCCCUCUUCAGCUUCAUCACAGGUUGGAGCCCAGUAGGCACCAAAUUGGACAGCUCCGGUGUGGCCUUUGCUGUGGUUGGGGCCUGCCAGGCCCUGGGUCUCCGGGAUGUCCACCUCGCCCUGUCUGAGGAUCAUGCCUGGGUAGUGUUUGGGCCCAAUGGGGAGCAGACAGCUGAGGUCACCUGGCAUGGCAAGGGCAACGAGGACCGCAGGGGCCAGACGGUCAACGCUGGUGUGGCUGAGCGGAGCUGGCUGUACCUGAAAGGAUCAUACAUGCGCUGUGACCGCAAGAUGGAGGUGGCAUUCAUGGUGUGUGCCAUCAACCCUUCCAUUGACCUGCACACCGACUCGCUGGAGCUGCUGCAGCUGCAGCAGAAGCUGCUCUGGCUGCUCUAUGACCUGGGACAUCUGGAAAGGUACCCCAUGGCCUUAGGGAACCUGGCAGAUCUGGAGGAGCUGGAGCCCACCCCUGGCCGGCCAGAUCCACUCACCCUCUACCACAAGGGCAUUGCCUCAGCCAAGACCUACUAUCGGGAUGAACACAUCUACCCCUACAUGUACCUGGCUGGCUACCACUGUCGCAACCGCAACGUGCGCGAAGCCCUGCAGGCCUGGGCAGACACGGCCACUGUCAUCCAGGAGUCCCUGGGGCUACCCCCCAUGGCGAGACCCCUUCAGACCCUACAGAGACCCCACUGCUCUCACAGCUACAACUACUGCCGGGAAGACGAGGAGAUCUACAAGGAGUUCUUCGAAGUAGCCAAUGAUGUCAUCCCCAACCUGCUGAAGGAGGCAGCCAGCUUGCUGGAGGCGGGCGAGGAGCGGCCGGGGGAGCAGAGCCAGGGCACCCAGAGCCAAGGUUCUGCCCUCCAGGACCCUGAGUGCUUCGCCCACCUGCUGCGAUUCUACGACGGCAUCUGCAAAUGGGAGGAGGGCAGUCCCACACCUGUGCUGCACGUGGGCUGGGCCACCUUUCUUGUGCAGUCCCUAGGCCGUUUCGAGGGACAGGUGCGGCAGAAGGUGCGCAUAGUGAGCCGAGAGGCCGAGGCAGCUGAGGCCGAGGAGCCAUGGGGCGAGGAAGCCCGGGAAGGCCGGCGGCGGGGCCCACGGCGGGAGUCCAAGCCAGAGGAGCCCCCGCCACCCAAGAAGCCAGCACUGGACAAGGGCCUGGGUGCCAGCCAGGGUGCAGUGUCAGGACCCCCCCGGAAGCCCCCUGGGACGGUCCCUGGCACAGCCCGAGGCCCUGAAGGUGGCAGCACGGCUCAGGUGCCAGCGCCUGCAGCGUCACCACCGCCAGAGGGUCCAGUGCUCACUUUCCAGAGUGAGAAGAUGAAGGGCAUGAAGGAGCUGCUGGUGGCCACCAAGAUCAACUCGAGCGCCAUCAAGCUGCAACUCACGGCACAGUCACAAGUGCAGAUGAAGAAGCAGAAAGUGUCCACCCCUAGUGACUACACUCUGUCUUUCCUCAAGCGGCAGCGCAAAGGCCUCUAAACUACUGGGGACUUUGGACCGCUUGUGGGGACCCAGGCCCCGCCUUUAGUCCCCCAACUCUGAGCCCAUGCUCUGCCCCCAGCCCAAAGGGGACAGGCCUUAUGCCUACCCAAACCCAAGGUUCCAGGUCCCGAGCAGAGUCUAUAUCAAACCCACGAUUUUCUCCAGCUCAGAACCCAGGGCUCUGCCCUAGUCAUUAGAAUAUAGGUCUCUUCUCCCAGAAUUCCAGGGUGCCAAUGGAAACCUCACCCUGGGUCCUAAUUAACAAUCUUUAAAGGCCCAGCCCCUAGAAACCCAGGCUCCUCCUCGGAACCGCUCACCUAGAGCCAGACCAACGUUACUCAGGGCUGCUCCCAGCUUGUAGGAGCUGAGGUUUCACCCUUAACCCAAGGAGCACAGGUCCCACCUCCGGCCUGGGAGCCUAGACCACUCAGCCGCUAGGAGUAUAUUUCCACACUUCAGAAUUCCGUAUCUUGCGAAUCCAAGCCCUCUGCCCCAAAAAACUUCAGUUCUGCUCCAGAAUUUGGAAAUCCUAGCUUCCUCUCUUUCCUAUCCCGAGUCUGGGACACAAAACUCCCCCCAGCCUAUGAGCAUCCUGAGCCCCGCCCUCUUCCUGACGAAACUGGCCCCGGAUCAGAGCAGGACCUCCCUUCCGACCCUCUGGGAACCUCCCAGAGGUCCAGCCCAUUUCGGAGCAUCCCGGAGGAGAUCUGCAGAGGGUUGGGAGUGGGUGACAGGAGCCUGAUCUUUUCCUGUUUUGUACAUAGAUUUAUUUUUCAGUUCCAAGAAAGAUGAAUACAUUUUGUUAAAAAAAAA